CCAACACACAACAUGGCUGAACCAGAUACGAAGGGUGAGAUGGCUAGCGGCGCGUCCGCUGGGCCAGCAAAGGCCCCCAAGCCGCAGAAUCCUGUGUUCAGGAUGAUGGGGCUUCCCAACAUUCGCAUGAAGCUUCCUUCACGAAAUUGGUGUAUAUUCUGGGGCGUUGUUGGAACAUGGACCGCCACAGUCCAAUACGACCGCUAUGAGAAGAGGCGCAUCCACAGGAAGUACGCACGGCUGGUGGAGCACAUUGCGAAAGAGCCUCUGGACGCACAACAGCUACCACGAAAACUCUCUGUCUACAUCUCUGCGCCACCAGCUGAUGGUUUGGUGACUGCGCGCGAACACUUCACAGAGUACAUCAAACCGAUAUUGGUGGCCGCUGCGCUUGACUGGGACGCGGUCGAAGGACGGAGGGAAGGAGACGUCAGAGCCGGACUGGCUGAGCGGAUACGGAAGCUGAGAUACAAGAGGGGCGAGAAGAUCAACGAGCCUAUCGAACUCGGUACAGAAGACGACGUGGAAGGACUGAGACAGAGAUCUGGCGUAAGAGACUGGAACGGCCCUGCUGGAGACAUUGUUGUUGGGAGACACACAUGGAAGGAGUAUGUCAGGGGUCUUCACGAGGGCUGGCUUGGGCCUCUCGAUCCUCCUGCGCCAGCUGAGUUACCCGCUGAGCUGGCGACUCCUGCUGUCGAACCAGUGCCAGCACCCAUGCCUGCACCAACCGAGACCGCACCGGACGCUCUAGCAGCCGCUGCUACAACCGUUCGCUCAUCGACCACUGAUGACGCAUCGCCCACUGCCAUCCCCGAAGCUAAGACAGAAGAGGUCGAGAAAUCGAAAGAGGAGGAGAAGAAGGACAAGAAGAAGAAGCAGCCUGCACCCUUCAACACGACCGCCGACUACGAGCACUCUGCCGUUGCUCCAACAUGUCCCCGCUCCCUUGGCCCUACCGCCAUCGUAUCUCUCCCCCAUCUUCUCGGUUUCUGGAACUUCCCCAUCCGCAUCUACCGCUACUUGAACAAACGCAAGGUCGCAGAAGAGGUCGGCAGAGAAACCGCCGCGGCUGUUCUCGGCGCUUACCGUCCCUUUGAAGCAGCCGGAGAGGCGCCUAGCGACAACGACAGCAGCGCGCAGUGGGAACAGCAGCAAGUACUUGCAUACGAGGAGCCAGACUGGCACAAGUCUGCCCGCGACCGCAAGGACGACAACGGCAAGGAGCGCGUGUGGUUGGACGACAUGGUUCUCGACCCCCGCAUUGCCGAACGCAUGAAGCGAUUUGUGCUGGAGGCGGAGGCAGAAGACCGCGCAAAGACUGUCGACAGUUCAUCGGACAAGUCCUGGUUCAAGUCGCUGUGGCCUGCGGAGAAGCAGAAGCCGCUGUGGGAAGGGCUGAGCGAAGAUGAGUAGGCCGUCGCUGGAGACACCCUCUCACCAACAUAUUGUAUUUGAGAUGUAAUUGUAGAUAUGUAGCAUGAUGCAUGAACGGCGCAGUUGUACGGCACAAUUUCCGCCAAAUUCUUCCCAUCUG